CAGUUAUCGCAUCACAUCGGAUCGGAAGGAAGCGAACUCGCGAAGUCGCGAAGCGCACCACUAGAAAUCCACCCGUUGAAAACGACCACUGCAUCAGUUUCAGUUCAACACUCGAACGGUUCGGAACGAUUUUAUCGCGUGCGAGAAAACAUUGUAUAACUAAUCACACAGAUCAAUCAUGAGCUCAUCGCAGUACUAUCCAUUCCAAUGCACCCCAACCGUCUACCCGGCGGAUCCCUUCGAUGCCAACGAGGAUGCUGCCACGCUCCGUAAGGCCAUGAAGGGCUUCGGAACCGAUGAGAAGGCAAUCAUCGAAGUCCUGGCUCGCCGUGGUAUUGUUCAGCGUUUGGAAAUCGCCCAGGCGUUCAAGACCGCUUACGGCAAGGACUUGAUCAGCGAUCUGAAGUCCGAGUUGGGCGGCAAGUUCGAGGACGUUAUUCUGGCUCUGAUGACCCCCCUGCCACAGUUCUACGCCAAGGAGUUGCACGAUGCCAUUUCGGGAAUUGGUACCGACGAAGAGGCAAUCAUUGAAAUUCUGUGCACCCUGUCGAACUACGGCAUCAAGACGAUCGCCGAGUUCUACGAACAACUGUACGGAGUUUCGUUGGAGUCUGACCUGAAGGGAGAUACCAGCGGCGCCUUCAAGCGACUGUGCGUCUCGUUGGUGCAAGGCAAUCGUGAUGAGAACACUGGUGUCGAUGAGGGAGCAGCUGCCGCUGAUGCCCAGGCUCUGUUUGAAGCUGGCGAAGGCCAAUGGGGAACCGAUGAAUCGAUCUUCAACCAGAUCCUGGUCACCAGAUCAUACCAGCAGCUGCGAGCUGUGUUCGACGCCUAUGAAGGCAUGGCUGGACAUACGGUUGAGGACGCCAUCAAGCGCGAAUUCAGCGGAGCUAUCGAGGAAGGCUUUAAGGCUAUUGUUCGUUGCGUCCGAUCGAAGGUUCAGUACUUCGCUAAGCGCCUCCACAGUUCGAUGGCCGGGCUCGGUACCAACGACAAGACGUUGAUCCGUAUUAUCGUUAGCCGCUCGGAAAUCGACUUGGGUGACAUCAAGGAGGCAUUCCAGGAAAUGUAUGGCAAGUCGCUCGAGUCGUGGAUCAAGGAGGAUUGCGAAGGCGACCUUGGAGACCUCUUGGCCACGUUGGCGUCCUAUUAGACUGCUCUCGUGAUUUAUUAGAAAAAAGUUAUUUGAAAGGCGAAAGCGCAAAUUCAAUUAUGUUUUCCUUGAAUUAUUUGAUGAAGUCUUAUAUCCGUUAUGUAGUUUUAUGCUCACCAGAUUUUAACCAUACGCAAUAAUUUCUUGUUGGUAAUUGGAUACAACUACCAUUAUUUUUUGUCCCCAUUGCAAUUGUUGGCAUCUAUAUGACUGUAUCGAAAUCCGUUCCAUUCUCCGUUCUUUUCUAGGAUGACCUAGGAAGCGAUUUGGGCAACUUGCUUGCCGAACUGGCUUCAUACUAAGGCGCAGCUUCGCUUGUGAACAUGAAACAAUCUGUUAUAAUGAUGAAUCUUUAGGAUUGUAAAUGAAGAAACAUUCAAAAGAUAUUUACAUUAGCUUAAAAAGCAUUUAAGCAGCCGGAAAUAAUUCGUCCAUUGGAAUAAAUGAACCAUUGUGAAUUGUAUCGUUGUUCUGCGUGAAUUAAAUAGUUUGUAAUUGUGGCAAAUCAUA